AUGGCGCAACAGCAGUGGACACCCGACCAGCGUCGUCAGCAGAUCGCGGAGAUGCUGCGCAACAAGGGUAUCAUUUGCAGGGAUUUUCUUCUUACUGGCCGCUGUUCCCGUUCGCCGACGUGCCCUUACAUGCACGUGGCUAAUGGGGAGACGCGGCCGGUGCCGUGGAGCGUGUGCACGUUCUUCACACAAGGCAAGUGCCUUCGUGAUGGUUGCAGUUUCUUUCACGGAACUCAGGCUCAACUAGAGGAACUGCACGCAUCCGGGGCGCCCGUUUACCGCCCGCAGGACUACAUGAAGGUCGCGGUGCCUCCCACCGAGUACCUUAAUCCGGAUGGCAGCAUUGCUACUCACCUCUCUAUAGCCGCCGUACCCAUGACGCCUGCGCUUCAUCUUGUGCACGGACCUACAGUGUCGCACGAAAACGCCGUCAACUCCUUUCAGCCCGUCUUGCUCAUGCAGCCGAACUCGCAAGCUAUCACACCAACCAUGUUCGCCUCACAGGCACCUACAGCGCACCCUACACCGUCGCAUUUCGCUUUCUACGCCAAUGCUCCUAUCGCAUCGCAGAUGCCCACCCACUCCGCCGCCACUGUGCUCCAGCCGACUCUUCACGCUGUGCAACCGACAGCAUUCUACCAAGCCACAAACGCGCUGCUUGCGCAACCACAACAGCACUUCGCACCUGUUUCGCAGCUCAACACGCCUCUGCAGCACCAGCCCACUCAACAGGCACUUGGCAGUCAUGUCUACUUCCAUAUCAAGCCCCACUAG